AUCAAAUAUUCAUCUGCCGCCAUCUGCCGCCAAUUCCCGCAUCCGCCGCCGUCGCUGGUAGAGAGAAAGAAACAAUCAAAUGGGAAAGGGAAAAGGGAAAUCCAAGAUUGAAAUCAAGAAGAUCCAGAGUCUGCCGGCCCGCAACGUCGCUUUCUCCAAGCGCAAGAAGAGCCUGUUCAAUAAAGCGGCGGAUCUCUGCCGCCUCUACCCGGGAGUCAAGAUCGCCGUCGUCGCCAUGUCUCCCGCCGGAAAUCCGCACGUCUUCGGCGACCCGGCGGCGCUACUCCCGCCGGUGGAGUCUCAGGUUUCGAGUUCGGGAAACGCCGGCGGCGACGAGGAAGUCGAAUGUAUGAUCAGAGAGCUGAUGUGCGAUGAUUUUGAUUUUUCCAGUGAUGCGUUUUCUGGGGAAGUUCCACCGGAGAUGGAGGCCGGCUAUGAUUCCGAUGCGGAGGAGAUUCGCCAAUUACUGGAUUGGGGCAACGGGGAGGAUCAAUUUCUUUUUUAGUACGGAGUAGAUUUUAUUACUAUUCCCCAAAUCUAAAUUGUGAUUAUUAUACUUGACCUCCGUUUGGUACCCGGAAUUAAAGUCAUGAAAUUGAAAUUAAAUUUAGGGUUUCGAU